GAGGAGCUGCAGUAUUGACACAUCCCCGGGUGCCGGCUCACUGUCCUCGCCAGCCUCCCAGCGAAAGGACCUGGGUCGCUCCGAAUCCCUCCGAGUGGUCUGCCGACCACACCGCAUCUUCCGGCCCUCUGACCUCAUCCAUGGGGAGGUGUUGGGCAAGGGCUGUUUCGGCCAGGCCAUCAAGGUUACACACCGAGAAACAGGCGAGGUGAUGGUGAUGAAGGAACUUAUCCGGUUUGACGAGGAGACCCAGAGGACUUUCCUCAAGGAGGUGAAGGUCAUGCGGUGCUUGGAGCACCCCAACGUGCUCAAGUUCAUCGGUGUGCUAUACAAGGACAAGCGGCUGAACUUCAUCACAGAGUACAUCAAGGGUGGCACCCUGCGGGGCAUCAUCAAGAGCAUG